AUGUUUAAUGAAAUAGAGGGAAAGAACGAUGCUGUGGCUAUAACCACUUUCAAAGCUGGCCUCCCAGCUGAUCACGAUUUGAAGAAAUCAUUGACGGGUAAACCUGUUAUCAGUGUGCGCCAACUGAUGGACAGAAUAGAUAAGUACAGAAGGGUAGAGGAAGAUCAACUUCAGGGAAAAGGAAAUGCCAAGGUGAUCCCUCAGGAGAGGAGGGAUUUUAGGUCGGAUCGUUAUAAUAGCAGCCAACCCCGGAGGGAUUUUGUUGGGCAGUCGGGUUCGAUAGACGCACAGGUGGUUAAUGCAAUAUUUCGAGAGCCAGUGCAGCAGGUUUUAGAGAAGAUAAAGAACGAGCCAUUCUUUAAAUGGCCGAACAAGAUGGCGGGAGAGCCUAGGAAACGCAACCCGAACUUAUACUGCCACUAUCAUCAGGAUCAUGGGCACACGACGGAUAAUUGCAGGAAUUUAUGGGAUCACUUGGAGCAAUUGGUCCGUGAAGGGAAAUUAAAACAACUCUUGCAUCACUCCAGUGGAAGGGCGAGCUAG